GGCGGCGAGGCGGGUACCUGUUGGGCAGGGAGAGGGGACGAGGUGCUCCCCCACGCGGGGAGACCCCCCCGGCAGGCUUCUCUGCUGCCGCGCUGCGGGGCUGGGCGCGGGCCAGGCGCUCCGCCGGGGGGGCGGUGCGGAGUGCACCCUUUCCCCCCCAGCCCGGCCCACCCCGCUCCUUGGUGCCGGGGGCCCGGCGGGGCCCGGGCUCCCCUGCGCUGUGCACAGCCCGGGGGGCACGGCCAGCGCCAGCUGGGGGAGCGGGAGGGGCCGCGUCGCUGCUCCCGGCAGCUGAUUGCUAGGAAGGGGUGAGCGCCGCAGCUCGGUGCCCGCUCAACACCUGUCAGACCGUGGAGCCUGAUUUAUACCUGGCCGUGGCAGCCUAUCUUCUGGGGAUUUCCCAUUCGUCCCACUUCUUUUUUUUUUUUUUUUUUCUUUUCGCCUCCCCCCUCCCUUCCUGGAACGGUGUGAAAGGGGGUAUUUUCUUCAGGGUAUAAAGCUGAUAAUACGGAGGAAGAGAGGCUAAGAGCUUCACCUCAUUGCCUCAUUCUUCCUCCCAUGUGAACCUCCUGCAACAUUGCCUUCAUCCUGCCGCACCUCUCACCUGGCCAGCGCUGCUCAGAUCAUGUCCGCUAAGCUCCUGCCGGUCUUCUUCCUCCUCUCAGUGUUUCACGCCUGUUCUAGAAAAGUCGAAGAGGAUGAAUAUGAAGAUGGAACAUCUAACCAAAAAUGGGUUUUAGCUCCAAAAACACAAGACACAGAUGUGACUCUCAUACUAAACAAGCUGUUGAGAGAGUAUGACAAAAAGCUACGUCCAGAUAUUGGAAUAAAACCAACAGUUAUUGAUGUUGACAUUUAUGUCAACAGCAUUGGUCCUGUAUCAUCAAUAAAUAUGGAAUAUCAAAUUGAUAUAUUUUUUGCCCAGACGUGGACAGACAGCCGUCUGCGCUUCAACAGCACCAUGAAGAUCCUGACUCUGAACAGCAACAUGGUUGGCUUGAUCUGGAUCCCAGACACAAUCUUCCGUAACUCAAAGACAGCAGAGGCUCACUGGAUCACCACCCCCAACCAGCUCCUGCGCAUAUGGAAUGAUGGCAAGAUCUUGUAUACCCUCAGGCUUACCAUCAAUGCUGAGUGCCAGCUGCAGCUGCACAAUUUCCCAAUGGAUGAACACUCAUGUCCUCUGAUAUUCUCUAGCUAUGGCUACCCUAAAGAGGAAAUGAUUUACAGAUGGAGAAAAAACUCAGUGGAAGCUGCUGACCAGAAAUCUUGGAGACUUUAUCAGUUUGACUUUAUGGGUCUGAGAAAUACUUCAGAAAUUGUGAAAACCUCUGCAGGUGAUUAUGUAGUCAUGACUAUAUACUUUGAUUUAAGUAGAAGAAUGGGAUAUUUUACUAUUCAAACAUACAUUCCCUGUAUAUUAACAGUUGUGCUUUCCUGGGUAUCCUUUUGGAUUAAAAAAGAUGCCACACCAGCAAGAACAGCAUUAGGCAUCACUACAGUGUUGACCAUGACAACACUGAGUACCAUUGCAAGGAAAUCAUUACCCCGUGUGUCCUACGUCACCGCUAUGGAUUUGUUUGUGACUGUGUGCUUCCUGUUUGUCUUUGCUGCUCUGAUGGAGUAUGCAACCCUCAACUACUACUCAAGUUGCAGGAAACCAAACUGUACUAAGAAGAAAAAGUCGCUACCUGAUGUCAGUUUUGGUCAUGUGAUGAAUUAUUCUGUACUUGAUAUGAGGCCACCAACGACAGUCAUCACAUUGAACAAUGCCAUGUAUUGGCAAGAAUUUGAAGAUGCAUGUGUCUAUGAAUGUCUGGAUGGGAAAGACUGCCAGAGCUUUUUCUGUUGUUAUGAAGAGUGUAAAUCAGGCUCAUGGAGGAGAGGACGGAUUCACAUAGACAUCUUAGAACUGGACUCUUACUCUAGGGUCUUUUUUCCUACAUCCUUCCUGCUGUUUAACCUGGUCUACUGGGUUGGAUACCUCUAUCUUUAAAUGUUGCCUGUAGUGGUGAAGACUGCUUCACACUGUGGAGGGAUGGUGAAAGUGCAGAAGAAGUGAAGGACCUGGUCAGUGUCAUCUCAAAUUGCAAAGUUCACCUGAACCCUCACCAUCACAGAGCCUGAUGAAGAAUUUUCAAAUGUAAUUGCCUGAAAAAGAAAAAGGUGGAAGAAUUCCCUCCUUACUGCUGUUCAUUUUAAGGAAAAGAUUCUUACUGAAUUCAGCUGAAUUUGUGUGUAAGCAAUGUUUAUGAAUAACUUGUAUAUUAGAAUCUUUACUAUUCUCCCUUGGCAUAGAAGCUAUACACAAUUCAGGCAAAGGUUAAAUAUGUCAUUUUUAUUCUUCAUUCCCAUACUUCCUUCAAAAUGCUGCCAUAUCCCUGAGGCUCAGAGCAACAUACACUGGCACUGGCAAAUAAGCCAAAGCUGAAGAAAACCACUCCUUUGUAUUUAAACUUCCUUGAGCUAUGUCCCAUAGGUUUUGGGAUAUAUUUCAUUUAGAGAAACCACCAAAAGACAGAAAGAAAUGUCUUUGGUGGGAUCAAAACAUGAAGUUACUCUCUAAGUUCCUUUCUGUAAAAGUCUGGGAUUCAUGGCAUUAGUCACUUAUAUACACAUAUUGGUUUUAACUUUAGGUGAAAAGGCAGAGUUACAAGAAAGCUAAUAUUUUGAUAUGAAUGAAACACUUGCCUAUCUCUGAGGGACCUGUAGGCAUAACUUCCACAGUUUUUCAAGCUUUUAACUGUCUUUUUUUAUGACUGGUUAAACACAGGAUUGUCAUUGAUUUCUAAAGUACUCUAAGCAGGACAAGACUCCUGCUUGUUUGUGUCAUUGCAGCAGAUCAUAGUUGAUAGGCCAUGAGUAAAAAUGACUACAUAAUAGCACUACGAGUAUGUGGCAUUGGAUUGUAGUUUACUAAAAAGUGCUUUCGUGCAUUCUUAUUUUUCCUCAAAGUUAUUUUUCCAAAUCCAUAAACAAAGGACAUCUUUUCCUCCUUCCAUAAAGUUAAACAUUGCAGUCUUUGCUCAUGACAAUGGUUCAAGACUGAACACUUUUGACUUGAAGAGUGCAUUGCAGGAACUCAAUUAUCACACUUGGAUUAAACAUGGAAUAGUUGUCACAUGUAGAAAAAGAAAAAUUGUUUUGAUUUUUUUCCUAAAGUGCCAACUACAUUUUACCCUAAAAAGCUAUUUUGUAUUUUUCAAGCUUUUGACCAUUACAUUCUUAAAGUCCUCAUUUUUUUCCAAAGCUACUUUUACAGUGUUAAAGUAAAUUACAUCUUUUACAGACUUUCUCAGUAAUUCUUAUUAAGCAAACAAAACAGAUUAAAAACUAAAUAGCAAUGACUUUUCACUACCCUUUGGAUGAAAAAUGGUUACACAUUAUUAAAGUUAAAACAUACUUAAAACCAAACCUCUGCUUUUUUUCUUUUCUGGAGGAUCUGAUAAUUUUUUUUCUUAAGUCUGUCUCUUCCACAUAGUAUUUGAUAAAAAAUGAAUUAUAGACAUGAUUGAAGAGCAGUUCCUUUUCUCCUCAGAAGGAAAAUCCUGCAAAAGAAACCCAAAAACUAAUGCAG